AUGUGCCUUAACAACCUCCCGGCUGAAACUAUGUACGAGAUCGUCGCCGCCGUCGUCACUUCCGAGAUUGCUGAUGUCCGACGCUAUUUACUCGCUCGGAGAGAGCGUCAUGGCCUUGGACCUCUCAUCAUUCCUGUUGGAUCUGACGAGACGGAAUGGACCAACAUUACAAAGACGAAGUUUAAGAACAUCCUGAGCGCUGUUCGAAGAAAGCCCGACACUGACUCCGAAGGUUCGAAUGCAAGCUCAGAUUCUGAUGACGACAAUUCAGAUUUCAGCGACGAAUUUGAUUCCGAAUAUGACUCUGAUGGCGGUUAUGCCAGAAGUGAAGACGACGACGAAUAUACUUGCUUCUUGACCGACCAAGAAUAUAAAGCAGCGCUCGAAGGCUGGGAAAGAGCAGAGAAAACGGAGCGACUUCCAGAAAUCCAGGUCUCUCCUCUCAUGUCUGUGGAUAAAUAUAUGCGCCAGAUUACCCUAAAGGUUCUCGAAGACACUCUCGGUUUGCUUCAUACAUUAAGCCCGAGACUCGCUACCAGUACGUUAUGGGAGUCACUCCUUUUCUAG